CCUGGCAUUCACGAUUCGUGAUUCGAAUGCCUCAUCCCUCGCCCGCUUCGGCUUGUCGACAAGAGCAAAGUCGUAGACUUUGAGCGUCCAUUAAAUCAUCUGCUGCACGAGACACGGCGACGUGUGCUCAGGACGCCGCGGAUCUUUACCCAACAAUGCGAAGCAGGGGACCUUGCUGACCUGACAGCCGCCGGUCGAGCUCCAUCUCCGAUGAGAGAAUCAGAUGGAGAUCAAGAUCUGCCUCCCAAUUUCAAGCCGAGCGCCUUCGCGAUGACAUUUCCAGGCAGACACAACCUCUCUCCAAAGAAGAAGAUCUCGUCCAGCACAGGGAACGGCAGCUCGCACGUCAGAUCUCCGCUGAAGGGCAAGGGCAAGGACAGAGGAGAGGAUGGUGGCACUUCCGAGGCUCAGAAGGCGGGUCAGACGGAGCAAGGCUCGGACGAAAGAAGAAUGCAGGAUGAGGAGGCGCUCGCUAGGCUCAGGAAGCGCAUGGCCGGCCCCUCUAGCGGCAAGGCUGGCUUGGCCAAGGACCAGGAUGAGAUCAACAAAAUCAUCUACAAAGCUUCCAAAGGCAGUCGCUUCUUUCUGAAGGAAAAAGAGACGAGCGAGAGGAUAGAGCGUCAGAUCGAAUCCAUGUUAGCAGACAAGGAUGAUAUCAUGAGCCGCGUACCUCCUGACAGUGUAGAGUGGAGGAAUCAAGAGAAGAAAGUUGAUGUCAUGAGAAGGGAUCUGGAGGCGACCAGAGAUCUGAGCAGAGUUGUGGUGCAUGCGGACAUGGACUUCUUUUACGGUGCAUGCGAGCUCAAACGCGACCCAAGUCUGUCGGGGAAAUGUUUCGGCGUAGGGCACGGGGUACUCGUCACCUGCUCGUACGAAGCCAGAGCGUUUGGAGUGCGUUCCGGUAUGGCAGGACAUAUUGCCAAGGCUCUUUGUCCUCACAUCAUCCUCGUCGAUAACGACAUGAAACAUUACAUUGAGACUAGCGAGAAGGUGAUGGCCGUCAUGCACGAGUACGAUCCAACUAUGGCUCAAGCGUCUCUCGAUGAAGCUUACUUGGACAUCACUGAGUACUGCGAGUCAAACCGAGUGGAUGCCGAUGAGGCUGUCGCAAGAUUGAGAGAAGAUGUGAAGCAGGCCACUGGUCUAACGGUCUCGUGCGGUAUUGCAGCUAAUUGCAGAUUGGCCAAGAUUGCCAGUGACAAGAAUAAACCGAAUGGACAGUAUUUGGUUCCCGCCAACGCUACCGACAUUAUGCAUUUCAUGCACGACCUGCCAGUACGAAAAGUCAGCGGUAUUGGACGUGUCACUGAGCGCUACCUUGAAGCUCUAGGCAUUGAUACAUGUGGAGACAUCUGGGAAAAGAGGGUCGUGCUAGCUUUGACUCUGAGACACCCAGAGUCUUUCUUAGCUAUUUACCUCGGACUCGGUAAGACGCAAGUCGCUCCUACCGAACGCGGCUGGCGUCGAAGCGUGGGUCGAGAACACACCUUCACCCCUACUUCGAACCUGGAGGAGCUUCUGUCCGAGCUUCGAAGAUGCGCAGACAAAGUCGAAUCUGAUCUGGAAGAAGAAAGUUACCAUGCACAAAAGGUCACGCUUACCUGCAAAACCUCUUCGUACACGCGAUUUACGAGAGACCUGACCUUGGGACACAGAGUGUGGAAGGCGGACGAUUUGUUCCGGAUCACAAAGGAGCUGUUGCUAGCCGAGCUGAAGGAGAGGAAAUUGACUCUGAGACUGAUCGGGGUCCGAGCGGGAACGCUAAUCGAUCUGCGCAAGAGCCAAGCAGCGGGAAGCAUAGAGAACGCGUUCAGACGAGCAAAGGCUGCACCCUCAUAUUCCACGGCGGAAAGUCAUGCAGAGCAAGAGCGUUUGAUUGAAGAUGAAGAGAGGCAGCUUCGCUUGGCGAUUGAGGCUUCUCUUCAGGAUCGUUCACCAGAGGACGGCCCCAGCGUCGAAGCAGGAUUAGUGCGGGAGAUCAAGACAGAUCGCCCAGAUAUUCGCGACAUGAGAGGCGAAAAGCAUGAACUGUUGGUGGACGACUCAAACUCGAUGCGUUCUGACUUGGUCAAGCUCGAAGAGCACGAAGAGGGUGGGGGCGAGUGCCCCAUUUGCGGCAUGUGGGUCCGCUGGCCGAUGCAAGCGACGGAAAGCCAAGCUGCUCUGGCCCUCGACGAACAUCUUUCCGGAGAUUGCCAAACCGGUGCAAACGCAGAAGCAUCCGGUCGAGACAACGGUGGCACUUCCAGACUUGCUCCCAUAUUUGACCCUCGGUAUGCUGCCCGCAAAAAGAAACGCAGGAUAGACUCUUACUUUAUUAAACCUGCGGGUGCUUGAUCAUGCCGCAACAGUUCAGCAUUCUUUUAUCUUGCCACCCAUCUCUUCAAUUGGGAGCAUGUUCGCUCUUCGAUCAGCUUUCCCACGUGCUAUAGUAUCUCGCUCUGUUCCCUCUUCUGUGCCAUGCAAAGCAUCUGUAUUGCUAAGAACACCAUCACACUCCGUGCCACACCGCCUCAUAGCUUUAUAGUCCACCUAGCCCUCCUUUCAUGUGCAAUACACCGCUGUUAUGCUCGAACAAGACUCGCAUUGGAUUGUGUUUAAUAGUAUCCCGGCAUGGAAUGAGCAUAGUC